AUGGAGAAGAAAGAGCGCAUCCUCUUGCCAACCAGUGUCAAGCCUAUCGCAUACGAGAUCAGGCUCGAUCCUAAUUUCGACAGUGAGGAAUUUGAAGGCCGCGUCAAAAUCACCUGCGCCGUACUUGAGACCUGUUCAUAUCUUGAACUGCAUUGCAAGUCAAUCAAGAUAAACGAAGCACGCGUCAAGUUCGAGAAUGAGUCCUGGGACGUCGUGGAAACACUGAGCUAUAACGAAGCACGUGAGACUUUGACAAUCGGACUGCCCGAAGAGAUCCCCGCUGGGGACCAGACUGAACUCAAAAUCAUCCUUUCUUACACCGGCAAGUUUCGCAGGGAUUCGACUGGGCUCUACCAGGCGAGCUAUGAGACACACGAUGGUGCGAAGUAUUGCAUUGCGACCACAGCGCAACCACCGACAUACGCGAGAGAGGUCUUUCCAUAUUUUGGCGGACCUCUCACGAAAGCCGAGUUCACCCUUUCCGUCGUGGUAGACAAGUCUUUUGUCACUGUUUCGAAUAUGCCUGUGGAAACCACUGUGACCUUGGAGCAUUCUUCCAAGAAGAUUGUAGCCUUUCGAAAGAGCGUUUCGAUGCCGACAUGGCAUCUCUGUCUAGUAGCCGGACCCCUGGCCGAGGUGAAAUGCACCAACAGCAGGAUCCCCUUGUCUGUCUUUUGCCCUCUCGGCACUGAAGAGCAGGCUACCUUUGCAGUCGAUGUCGCAGCCAAAGGACUUCAGCUCUUCGAAGACUGCUUCGACCUACCAUACCCGGUCCCAAAGCUCGAUUUGAUCGGCGUUCCAGAAUUCUACACGGGCGUGAUGGAGAAUUGGGGAGCAAUCAUCUUCAAGACUACAUACUUUUUGCUCGACCGAGAAGACUCUACUCUAGCGAAGAAGCAGGAAGUCGCAGUGGCAAUCCUCCGUGAGAUCUCCUACAUGUGGUUCGGUAACCUGGAUAGAGCCCUGUGGAUCAAGGAAGGUUUCGCUACAUUGAUGUCGUGGUACGCUGCAGACAAGAUGUUUCCAAGCUGGCAUUUCUGGGAUUCCUACGUCGCCAAUACCCUACAGGACGUGCUCAACCAAGACUCUUUUACCAGCAAUCAUGCAAUCGUCGAUACGGAGCAGAUCGAUGACGAGAUCCUUUUUGAGAAGGGCUCGUGUAUCCUUAGAAUGCUUCUAAACAAUCUGGGCGACACCAAAUUCUUCGACGGCGCGAAGCUGUAUCUCAGACGUCAUGAGUUCCAGUUAACCGAGUCGAGUUGCCUUUGGAAGGUCUGGGAGGAUGUGACCGGCGAACCUGUGGCAGCGAGCAUGAGUGUCUGGACCAAGGAGGCUGGUUUCCCAGUCGUUCGAGUGUCUGAGCGUCUUGACGAGAGUGGCAAUGUAGCAGGUGUUCGACUCUUCCAGCAACGCUUCGUGGCCAGUGGUGUGGCAACGGAAGAGAAUGCGGCAUCUGAUACAAUCUAUCCACUCAAGAUUGUAAUUCGGCAAAGACACGGCGUUGAAACAGUUGACAUGAACACAAGGGAGCUGGUUCUUCCCCCCUCUGACAGUCUAUUCAAAGUCAACGCGGACCAUGGGAGCUUCUUCCGAACCUCUUAUUCACACGAACUACUCACUCGUCUACUCGAGGAGGCGUCAAAGGGAAAUCUCAGCGUGCGCGACUGCAUCGGAUUAUCGUGCGACCUGGAAGCUUUGGUUGCCGCGGGAGUGAAUAGGACCAGCGAACUGCUUGACCUCAACAUCAAGUUCGCUAAACUAAACUCAUUCUACGUUUGGGAGAUGGUCCACCGCAAUCUCAGAUCCAUCCAGUCUGUCUACAAGUUUCACGGGCCUGAGCUGAAUGAGGCCCUUCGAAAGCUGACCAGGGACGUAAUCGGUCCCAAGUCUGAGGAACUUGGGUGGACAAUCUCGAAAGACGAUGACGACAGCCUCGUCGCGUUCAAGGCAUCAAUGUUCAGCGGCGCGGGCCUCGCAGGAUACUCCAGUAUCGUCUCAGCGGCAAAGGAACUCUUUGCGGAACGCAUGGCUGGCGAUGAGAAUGCAAUCCCAGGAUCCCUACGACGAGCAGUCUUUGGAAUAGUCGCAGCCCAUGGCGGUCUCAAAGAGCUCCAAGGUCUCGUUGAGCUCUGGAAGAGUUCUUCCAAUGAGGACGAACAGUAUCUUGCCUUGCAGUGUCUCGGACGGGCACCCAAUGCUGAGCUUAUGAAAUGGGUUCUUAGCCACCUGCUGACCGACACUGUCAACAACGACGACAUGUUCUCCCUCACUUGGGUGGCAGGCAAUACUGCUCACGGGGCGGUUGAGCUUUGGGAGUGGACUAAGCAGAAUUGGGAGAGGGUUGAGAAGGAGGUUCCGAUGGACAUCGCGGCUCUGUUCCUUGGAACUGCUCUGGAGGGGCUGCAUACUAAAGAUCAAAUUGAGGACGUGAGAGCAUUCUUUGGCGCGCGCGAAGAGAAGAUUGUGAUUGACCAGAACUUGGAGUACAUGGAGAAUCGGAGGUCAUGGGCUGAACGUGACAUCUCCGAUGUUCGUUCGUGGUUGGAGGGUCAUGGAUAUCUGUGA